CCUCAUUCAGUAACUUUCUCUCUCUAAAAUCUAGAAAGAGAAACUAUCGAACUUAAGGAAUCAAACCCACUGACGGAAAAUUUUCCGCAACAGGUUUUCAUCCUCGUUCAGUAUAUCUAUAAUAAAUUCAUUCCUAUAAUCUGGAAGAAUUUCUAGUAGAUAUUGUAAUCGGGGAUUAAUCGGAAAAUGUCUUCACCAACGCCGGGAGCUGCACCGGCUCCUGCUUCACCGCCGGCACCACCAACUAAUUCUACAUCACCGCCGCCUGCUCCCGCAGCAUCAACGCCGCCUCCUACUCCAACAACUUCUCCACCACCUGCAAGCCCAACUCCUCCAGCCACCUCUCCACCACCAGCUUCAUCCCCGCCGCCGCCGCCUUCCAGUACACCUGCUCCAGUUUCUCCACCAGCUCCUCCCGCCUCAACGCCGCCUCCGACUAACUCCCCCACCGUCCCAACACCACCUCCCCCUUCUAGGUCUCCACCCUCCCCCCCUUCGCCACCCACAGGUGGGAAUUCUCCGCCGGCUCCACCCACUCGGAAUCCUCCUCCUGCACCGGGUAGGAACACCCCCUCUCCUCCGGGUACAUCAAGAUCUCCGCCGUCGCCGCCAUCACCGUCGUCUGACGGUGGUGGAAUAUCGACGGGGACGGUGGUUGGGAUAGCCGUAGGGGGUGUUUUGAUACUUGCAAUUCUGAGUAUUCUGUUUAUAUGUUGUAAGAAGAAGAAAAGAAGACCCCAAGGCCCCCCAGAUUACUAUGUUCCUCCACCACCAACUGGGCAGAAAGUCGACCCCUAUGGCGGACAAGGUCAGAAUUGGCAGCAUAAUGCGCCGCCACCUGCAGAUCAUGUCAUGACAAUACCACCUAAACCUUCUCCACCACCUGCCGGUUUGUCAAGACCUCCUCACUCGCCCCUACGUGCUCCUUCAUCUCAACCUCCCCCACCUCCUGCUCCUUUCAUGAGCAGCAGCGGAGGUUCGGGUUCGAACUAUUCUGGUGCUGAAACUCCACUUCCGCCGCCUUCUCCUGGCAUGGCUUUAGGGUUUUCUAAGAGCACAUUUUCGUAUGAAGAAUUAGCUAUGGCAACAGAUGGCUUCUCCGAUGCCAACCUUCUUGGGCAAGGUGGUUUCGGUUAUGUGCACCGAGGAGUCCUUCCAAACGGUAAAGAGGUUGCAGUUAAGCAGCUUAAAUCUGGAAGUGGACAAGGGGAGCGUGAAUUCCAAGCUGAAGUCGAGAUCAUCAGCCGAGUGCAUCACAAACAUCUUGUUUCUCUGGUUGGAUAUUGCAUAACCGGGACCCACAGAUUGCUUGUAUACGAGUUUGUUCAAAAUGAUACCUUGGAAUUCCAUUUGCAUGGAAAGGGGAGACCUACAAUGAAUUGGCCCACACGGUUGAAGAUUGCUCUCGGGGCUGCGAAGGGUCUGGCAUACCUUCAUGAAGAUUGUCAUCCAAAAAUUAUUCAUCGGGAUAUCAAAGCAUCUAAUAUUCUUUUGGAUUUUAACUUUGAAGCAAAGGUCGCGGAUUUUGGUCUCGCAAAGCUUUCUUCGGAUGCAAAUACUCAUGUCUCCACAAGAGUGAUGGGAACAUUCGGGUAUUUGGCUCCGGAAUAUGCAUCCUCUGGAAAACUUACUGAGAAGUCCGACGUAUUCUCCUUUGGAGUCAUGCUUCUCGAGUUGAUUACUGGACGACGACCUAUUGAUUCAAAUCAAUCCUACAUGGAUGAUAGUUUGGUAGAUUGGGCACGGCCCUUGCUCACACGAGCGUUGGAAGAUGGAAACUUCGAUACCCUUGUUGAUUCACGACUACAAAAUGACUACAAUCAUAACGAACUUGCUAGCAUGGUGGCAUGUGCGGCUGCAUGCGUUCGUCAUUCAGCAAAGCGUAGGCCACGGAUGAGCCAGGUGGUGAGAGCUUUAGAAGGUGAUGUAUCCCUGUCUGAUCUUAACGAAGGAAUUAAACCCGGACAUAGUACGAUGUAUAGUUCUCAUGGAAGUUCCGAUUAUGAUACCACACAAUACAACGAGGACAUGAAAAAAAUCCGCAAAAUGGCUUUCGCCAGUAAGGAUUAUGCCAGCAGCGAUCAGUACAGUAAUCCAACCAGUGAGUACGGGUUAAAUCCAUCAGGCUCGAGCAGUGAAGGUCAACAUACUAGAGAUAUGGAGAUGGGACGGACUAAAAAGGACAGCCGAGGUUUCAGUGGCGGCUAUUGAAGACAGAUUCCUAUUUCUCUGUAUAAAUCGAAACUGCGACUUUUUCUAACAUCAACUGUAAGUUGCAACAAUUGCUGAGGUUGGCAUUUUUUUUCCUGAGGUAGUUGCAUACAGAAUAUGUUGUUUUCUUUUCUCUAUUUUUAUUGUUAAAAAUUAUUUUUUCUUAGUGUACUUAUUUAAUUGUUACUUAUAUGAUAAUACAAUUCAAUUCUUUUA